AUGGCGGCGACGCAGAGUGAAGAGGAAACCGCUAAGACAGUAGCAAAACGGUUAAAAACGGACGAAAAUUGCCCUGUAACAGAGGACGGAGAUUCCACUGUAAAGGAAGCACUAUCAGGAUUUAAAACGGGACAAAUUCUGCGCGAUUCUGCCAGAGAGAAAAACAUUUUUAUUCAUGGAAAGUUUGAUGACCAGGAAGCUGUUGUUAUCUUGGAGAAAACACCCAUCAGACAAGAUGUUCUCGCAGAGAUGUUUAAGAGCAGCUCACUUACUCUGGAGAUGAAGAAUGACAUCUACAGCACCUACCAGCUCCAACCACCUCCUCAUCUGAACGGAAUCAAAACCACUGUGAUCUGCCCAGCAACAGAGAAGCAUGUGAAGAAAUACCUGCGCCAGGAGACCUUCCUCAUCAACGAAACUGAGGAUGAUUAUCGUUCCAUCACUCUUCCUCACAUAACCCAACAAAGCUUCAGUGUGCAGUGGGUUUACAACAUUCUGGAAAAGAAAGCUGAAGCUGACAGGAUUGUGUUUGAAGAUCCAGACCCUCAUGUCGGCUUUGUCCUCCUGCCAGAUUUUAAAUGGGACCAGAAGCAGCUGGAGGAUUUAUAUCUGAUUGCCAUUGUACAUCGGCGGGACCUGAAGAGUUUAAGAGAUCUUACUCCAGACAAUCUUCCUUUAUUAAGAAACAUCCUUGAAAAGGGGGUGGAAGCCAUUGGGAAGAAGUACAAUGUUCCCUCGUCUAAGCUGCGGAUGUACCUGCACUACCAGCCGUCCUACUACCACAUCCAUGUGCACUUCACCUCUCUAGAUUAUGAAGCUCCAGGAUGUGGAGUAGAGAGAGCACAUCUGCUUACAGAUGUUAUACAGAACCUGCAGGUCCAACCUGAGUAUUACCAAAAACGCACCCUCACCUUCCCCAUACGGGCAGAUGAUGCACUGCUGACCAAGUUCAGAGAAGCAGGAAAGAUUUAGCUGCUUUGUGUGUGUGUGUGUGUGUGUGUGUGUGGGUGUGUGGAGGGUGAGGGUUUGUUUUUCUAAAUCAGACUAGGAUUAAAAUUUUAACAUCCUGACCCCAGUGUUCUUUGGAAAUAUGAGGACUAUACAGAGAAGUCAUUCAUGCAACAAUAUGUAGAUUUUGUGUGGCACACAGUGCAGUGGGUAGCGGGUAUGGGUUUGAUUCCCCAAUCAGGCAGGCAGGGUUUGGGGUUCCUUUCUGUUUGGGGUUUGCAUGAUCUCCCUUUGUCUAAAGACAUGCAGUCAGGUCAGCUAUUUAACUGCCCUAGGUGUGAGUGUGUGUCUGCCCUGUGAUGGACUGGUGUUUUCUGCCCUUCGCCCAAUGAAUCAGACCCACCAUGACCCAGACCAGGAUAAAGCGGUGGCAAAACACAGUGAAUGAAUGAAUAGAUUUUGUCAUAAUUUCAGAAAUCCUGCAGUGUUUAAUAGAAAUUUUUUUUGUACAAUAAAGACGCUUUGAGUGGUUUAUCAUUUUAAA